AUGACAGUUAAAGUCGAUGUCUACAGUUUCGGGAUCCUUCUUCUUGAGAUCGUUAGUGGGAGAAGCAAUGCAGAUUACAGAGAAAACCAAGAAACGGUUUUUCUUCUAGAUACGGAUUUAAAUUUUUGCCCUGAAUAUUCAAGAUCUAUUGGCAGCAAACCGUAA